GUGAUAAAGAUAUUUAUCAAAUGAUUACUGAAUAUCUUCAGAAUAUUAGUUGUGAUGUAACUGUAGAUAAAUUUAAGACAUAUGUUAAACAAGAAGUUUUUUCAAGAAGUAAAGAUAUUUAUUAUAAUGGAUAUGAAAGAUCUGAUGUGUUUGAAUAUUGA